AUGGAGAAAUUUAUUGAACAUCCAUGUAUAUCCAUAUACAAUCACUAUUAUAAAGGGGUAGCCAUGGACAAGAUGAGCACCAUUGAACAUCUCACUAGUGUAGAGCUCAGCCUAGUAAAGUUGGCGAGGUCUAGCCAGUGGGUGCCGUAAAGAGCAGGGAGCUUGCACACAUUCUUGAGGAGACCCUUUCGGCUCUUGAUGGAGCAGACUCUACAAAAGUAUAGCGGCAUGAUCGGCACAGCAGACUUGUUCUACACAUCAAGAGGCGAAAGGGCACCUUCAAGAAGGUGCACGAGUUCUCCACUAUCUACGGCACCCCGUCACUGGGCCUCGUCAACUCCACUGGCAGAGACAUCUACAGCACCAGGACUGGCGGACUUCUCCUUUUCAAGGGUUGCCCCAUCUAG